AUGUCAGCCUCUGUUAUCAAGUCAUGGGCAGAUGCCGAAGACGAAAUUCCGACCCCAGAAAUUACCACUAACCCAGAUGGAACCAAGACAGUUGUUAGUUACAGACUUAAUGCUAAUGGACAGAAAGUUAAAAUAACCCAAAAGAUCAAAGAAGUUAAGGUGAAAGAAAAAGUCCAUCCAUUAAUUGCACAACGUAAGAACUGGGCAAAGUAUGGUAAAGAAAAAAAUACACCACCAGGACCAGAUACAAGAACCACUCAAUUAGGUGAAAAAGUCGAAUUGAAAUUGGGUACAUCAUGGAAAGAAAUUGAAAAACAAGAAGAAGAAUCGAAAGAAGAACAAAAGGCACAAUUGGUUUCUACGCAAAGAAUCAAAUGUAGAACUUGUGGUGGUGAUCAUUUCACCUCUAAGUGUCCAUUUAAAGACACUCUUAUUAGUGAUUCUACUGACGCUUCAAAUGCUGCUACUCCAGAACCAGCUGAUGACGGUAUGAAUGCACCAGGCAAGUAUGUUCCAAGACACUUAAGAAAGGAUGCCAAUGGUAACAUGCCAGCCAAGGAUUUGAAGGAUAGAGACGACUCUACAACUUUGAAGAUCUCACAAUUGAACAGUAUUGUUGACGAAGAUAUGUUGAGAAAUGAAUUACUUGGUAGAUACGGUCCAUUCCAAAGAGCUAUUGUGGUCAGAAAUAGAGAAACCGGUGAAUCAAGAGGUUUUGCUUACGUUACAUUUGCUACUGAAUCUAAGGCCGAGGAAGCUUUGAACGACUUGAACGGAAAGGGUUACCACUCUUUAAUUUUACACUUAGAAUGGUCCAAAAAGAGAAAAUAA